AUGUCACUUGUUUCUGCAGGUGCUGGCCAGAACCCCGCGCGGCAGGCGAGCGUUGCUGCGGGAAUCCCUUACUCGGUGCCAGCCUGGAGCUGCCAGAUGAUCUGCGGGUCGGGCUUGAAGGCGGUGUGCCUGGCUGCUCAGUCCAUACUGACGGGAGACUCCAGCAUCGUGGUGGCGGGAGGCAUGGAAAGUAUGAGCAAGGCUCCUCAUGUCAUUCACAUGCGAGCUGGGGUGAAAAUGGGAGAGGCUUCCUUGCAGGACACUAUAAUCCUUGAUGGCCUUACAGAUGCUUUUUAUCAGUAUCAUAUGGGUAUAACAGCUGAAAAUGUGGCCAGUCAAUGGCAAGUCAGCAGAGGGGAACAAGACCAACUUGCUGUACAGUCACAAAACAGGGCAGAGGCAGCACAGAAAGCUGGCUAUUUUACAAAAGAAAUUGUUCCCGUUCUUGUACCUUCUAAAAAAGGUCCUAUAGAAGUUAAAACGGAUGAACACCCUCGGCAUGGGAGCAACUUGGAAACCAUGACAAAGUUAAAGCCCUGUUUCCUGACAGAUGGGACCGGGACAGUAACAGCAGCUAAUUCUUCAGGUAUAAAUGAUGGAGCUGCAGCUGUAGUUCUAAUGAAGAAAUCGGAAGCUGCUAGGAGAGGUCUCAUGCCUUUGGCUCGGAUUGUAUCUUGGGCUCAGACAGGCAUAGAUCCCUCUAUAAUGGGAGUAGGACCCAUUUCAGCAAUCAAGAAAGCUCUUGACAAAGCCAGCUGGACUCUGGACCAAGUUGACCUGUUCGAAAUUAAUGAAGCCUUUGCAUGUCUGUCUCUUGCAAUAGCAAAAGAACUGAAAGUAAAUCCUGACAAGAUUAACAUGCAAGGUGGAGCUAUUGCUCUUGGCCACCCUCUUGGAGCCUCUGGCUGUCGCAUCCUCGUUACUCUUCUACAUGCACUGGAACGAACAGGUGGAAAACGUGGUGUUGCUGCUCUCUGUAUAGGAGGCGGCAUGGGAAUAGCCAUGUGUGUUGAGAGAUGAAUGUAAGUGAAGAGCCAGUGUUAACUACGGUUUAAGAGAGUUUACUAAUAAACUUCUAAUGAUGGAGCUUACCUCUGUUUUGCCUA